AUGGAGGUAGAUGAACCCAAAUGGAAGAAAUUAGCGAAAUGUUCAGAAAAUUCAAUUAAUUCUAGCAUAAACAAUCUCGAUGAUGGCUGUCUCAUGCAUAUCUUCAGCUUCCUAUCCCCUAUUCCAGAUCGUUCCAUCAAAAAUCACUCUGAGCCAGGAGUUUACCCCAGCAUUGAGACAGCUGUCUCUGCUGCUAGGCCUGGAGACACUAUACAGAUUUCAGCUGGAGGGAUUCAUCGUGCCUCUAAUAUUCAGAUCAAAAAGCCUCUUUGCUUGAUUGGCGCGGGUGAGCUUCCUGAUGAUACAACGCUCAUUUGCUCCGGAGGCUCUGACAGUGCAUUGGAGUUCUUGUCAACAUGCAAGCUGGCUAACUUGACGGUGAGGUCAGAGCUUGGUUGUUGCCUGCUUCAUAGGAGUGGGAGGUUGACCAUUGAUGGGUGCAUUCUUCAGUGCGAGUCAAAUCCGUUGGACCAUCUCUCGCAUGCAAUUGUCACCACUGCAUCUAGCCCUGUAGUCUCAUCUGUGCUUAAGAAUUCUAGCGACUCUGUUUCUGUUUCACGUACAAGAAUUGAAGGAGGUGCCAAGGCUGUGUUGACGAGUGGAACUCUCUCGCUGCAGCGAGUUAGAGUCAUAUGCACUCGCGCUUCCAUCAUUUUCUGGUUCAACAUUGAGCAUAGUUGA